GGUAGGACCGUACAGCCGGGGGGUGUGACGGGGAAGCGGUGCUUGUGGUGCGGCUCCGCGGAAGCGCUGCGCGUCGGGGCGGAGAGCGGCGGCCGAAGAGGCACGGUUCAUUUGCUCUGCUCUUCAGGACAGAGAUAGCUCACUUCUGAGUCGAAUCACUGAGCUGCAAAAAGGCAUUGCUUGCAUGGUACAGGAAGUACAACCAGGGCAAUGCAGAGCACUGCGGGGAAAUAAACCUUGAAUCCAAAUGCUGUAAUAUGCUUUUUCCAUCCACGCUGCUACAGUCCAUCAUCUUGGCCACCAGCUGAUGAGAUGGCACAGAGUGCUGACGUCGAGCCAAGCUUUGAGGACAUUUUUAAUAUCAACAGGGAUUCUCAGAGGGACGCAGUCAAUAGCAUCCCGGUUGUAGAUCAGGAAAGGUGUGGCUCAGCUAUCAGCACUGUGGAUUCAGAUUGUGAGUUUCGGACACUGAGAUCUGAUGUGAGCACAGGAUUUGUCCGUAUGACCAGCCCAAACAGCAUGGCAAAAAGCUCCCCAAUGAAGAUUAGAAACACUUCAGACUUUUCAGGCCCACAGACCUUGCAAUCCUCAGGGAUCUCCAAUUCCUUCACCAAUCUCCUGAUCAGUCAAUCGCCAACAGCUAUUUUUCGCACGCCAACUCUUUCCUGUGAGUCCAGUCUGCUGUGUGAAGAGAUCACCAGUGAUACUGGACAGCCUGAUGGAGAGAGACAGAGCCACAGCCUGCAGGAAACAGGCAGCUCCAGCAGUCAUUCCACUCAGGACACAAAUCCCCAAGUCCCCCAUCUGGGGAAGACACUGCAGGUCAGUUCCUGUCAUCCAUCUCUCCCUAUUGUUGAAACACAGCUGCCCACACUUGGUGCUGUGGGCCAACCUGUUGAGAGUGAUGAUAUUUCCAGCACAGUGAUAGCAGAACCUCAGGUACCAAAAAAAAACAGAGACCAAAAGCAAAAAUUAUCUACAAGUCUUCCCUAUUCAAGAACGACAAUAAAUACUGGUCCUGCUUGCAUACCCAUAGAAGACUCUUACAUUCCAGCAGGCACUUCCAACUCCGCAGCUGCUUCCACUUCAGUUUGUUCCUUUCCUCCUCAAACCAAUUCCUCUACAACCAUUCCCUCUCCUCUUCAGAGUGUUCCUUACAGCGUACCAUUUCCCACUCCCCUCCACACAUCCGCCUCUCCAACUUGCCCUCCUCCUUUAAAAACUGUGAAAGCAGCAUUAGCACCAGAGCCCAGUGGUGAAAAGAAAAAGUUCUUCACUUUUGUUGUUCUACAUGCUUGGGAAGAUGAGCAUAUUGCAUGUCGCAUCAAGGACCUGCUGGAGAACAUGGGGGUGCCCAAUGGUGCCACAUUCUGUGAGGACUUCCUCAUUGCAGGACACAACCAGCUGACUUGCUUUCAGGAUGCUAUGGAAAACUCUGCUUUCCUCAUCCUUCUGCUGACCAAGAACUUUCUGUGCCACCAGUGUAUGUUUCAAACAAACUCAGCUCUAAUGGAGUCCAUCCAGCGACCUUCCAAGCACAACUCUGUCAUUCCUUUUGUACCUAAGGAGAAUCCAUUGGAGCGGAGUCAGAUUCCCAGCAUGCUCAGUGUGCUGGUGGCCUUGGAUGAGAACUCUCCUGUGUUUGCCAGGACAGUGCAGAACACCUUUACCCCCGAGAAAAUCAAUGAAAGGAAGGCCAUGUGGUGCCAGAUACAGCAAGUCCAAGAGCAGAAAAGGAAGCAAGAGCUAUAUCAGGAUCACUGCCAAACACUGCAGAACUUAGGUGCUCUGACCCUUGGCUCCCUUCCCCAGAUGUCUCCAUCAGUAGUGCAGCUGAAUCAGUCAAGCCUAGAGCAGCUGCUAGAACAGCUCCUGCCUCUCCAGUUAUCCCAACAAUGCCAUCCUCCAACGUCUGUCUCUGCUGCCACACACCCACUUCUCCAGGCUGGUCAUCCCACAUCUACCCAGCUGGGUCCCUCUCCUUCCCAACCACUUAAUCUCCCAUCAGGCCAGCACUACAGGACUGCAGAUCCAGGAGGUGCCCAUCCCAUCAUCAUUCAACAUGCUCGAAUGGUUCAAAUUGGGAACCACAACACAAUGCAUGUGGAAACUGCUGCACCAGGUCCACAGGACAGUGGGGAAGAAUCCAGGGAGAAUGCUUAAUCGGAGAUGCAAAAAGUCAGCUAGAGUCACCCACUCUUCAUUUCAAACUCUAGACUAGAGAGAUUCUGCUGGAAAAGGGACUAUUCUGAUUUCAGUGGGGCCUAAUAGCCUCUAUUUCUUGGAGCACAGGAGAAAAGUGCCUUCUUUUACAAAGAGGUUGUCAUUUCCUCAGAUUACUAUCCAUUUGCUUAUUUUCCUUUAACCGAGAAAACAAUUUUCUUGAUUUUCUGAGGAUUAACUGAAAGGUUUGAUAAAUAAAUUUUAAUUAAUUUA